AGUAACCACACUACUCACAUCACAACAUUCUAGUUUUUGUUUUUCGAAUAAAAAUAAUAUCACUUUGUUUGAUUUCUGUUACACUACCAGCCAGCCGAGUCAAGGAAGGAAGCGACUGUUUUUGGUCUCCCCCUCUUUCUCUGCUUCUCCGUCCGACACGACGCCGUUUGAACUCUCAUCUUCUUAUUCUUCACUUACACUCCACGCAUCAAUUCUCACAAUUCCCAAAAACCCCAAACUUGGCUCUUUCCCCACACCACCCUCGUGCCGCAAGAUCCAAAUCCCUGAUCCCGAUCCCACGCAUCACUGAAACCAGAAAAUAACCAAAAAAUGGAGCAAUUGAAGACGAUCGGUCGCGAACUCGCGAUGGGAUCGCAGGGCGGGUUCGGGCAAUCAAAGGAAUUUCUCGAGCUGGUGAAAUCCAUCGGCGAAUCGCGCUCGAAGGCCGAGGAGGACCGCAUCGUGCUGCGCGAGAUCGAAACCCUAAAACGCCGCAUCGCGGAGCCCGACAUCCCGAAGCGCAAGAUGAAGGAGUACAUCAUCCGCCUCCUCUACGUGGAGAUGCUCGGCCACGACGCGUCGUUCGGCCACAUCCACGCCGUCAAGAUGACGCACGACGACAGCCUCCUGCUGAAACGCACCGGCUACCUCGCCGUCACGCUCCUCUUAAACGACGACGACGACCUCAUCAUCCUCAUCGUCAACACCAUCCAAAAAGACUUAAAAUCUGACAACUACCUCGUCGUCUGCGCGGCUCUCAGCGCCGUCUGCCGCCUCAUCAAUGAGGAGACCAUCCCCGCCGUCCUGCCCUCCGUCGUCGACCUCCUCGCCCACCCGAAAGACGCCGUGAGGAAGAAGGCCGUCAUGGCGCUGCACCGGUUCCACCACAAGUCGCCGUCCUCCGUUUCACAUUUGAUCUCGAAUUUUCGGAAGAAGUUGUGUGAUAAUGACCCUGGCGUAAUGGGUGCUACCUUGUGCCCUCUGUUUGACCUCAUUGCGGUUGAUCCUAGCCCUUAUAAGGAUCUUGUGGUUAGCUUUGUGAGCAUUCUUAAACAGGUUGCGGAACACAGGUUGCCUAAGAGCUAUGACUAUCACCAGAUGCCGGCACCGUUCAUUCAGAUUAAGUUGCUGAAAAUACUUGCGUUGUUAGGGAGUGGCGACAAGCAGGCUAGUGAGCAGAUGUAUACGGUAAUUGGGGAAAUAAUUAGGAAGGGCGAUUCAUCGAGUAAUAUAGGGAAUGCUAUUCUUUAUGGGUGCAUAUGCUGUGUCUCUUCCAUAUAUCCCAAUGCUAAGUUGUUAGAAGCGGCUGCAGAUGUCAAUGCGAAGUUUUUGAAGAGUGACAGUCAUAAUCUUAAGUACAUGGGCAUUGAUGCGCUUGGUCGGCUGAUAAAGAUAAGUCCACAUGUUGCAGAACAGCAUCAACUGGCUGUCAUUGACUGCUUAGAGGACCCUGAUGAUACUCUGAAGCGAAAAACUUUUGAACUACUCUACAAAAUGACCAAGUCUUCCAAUGUCGAAGUGAUUGUUGACAGAAUGAUUGAUUACAUGAUUAGCAUAAGUGAUGAUCAUUAUAAAACAUAUAUAGCAUCUCGAUGUGUCGAACUUGCAGAGCAAUUUGCUCCUAGUAAUCAUUGGUUUAUACAGACCAUGAAUAAAGUCUUUGAGCAUGCUGGAGAUCUUGUGAAUAUUAAGGUGGCCCAUAAUUUAAUGCGAUUGAUUGGUGAAGGAUUUGGAGAGGAUGAUGAUGCUGCAUAUAGUCAGUUGAGAUCAUCUGCUGUUGAGUCAUAUUUGCAAAUUAUUGGGGAGCCAAAGCUUCCGUCAGCAUUUCUUCAAGUAAUCUGUUGGGUUCUGGGGGAAUAUGGCACAGCUGAUGGAAAGUAUUCUGCUUCCUAUAUCACUGGGAAGCUAUGUGAUGUUGCAGAGGCAUAUUCAAAUGAUGAAACUGUUAAGGCAUAUGCGGUUUCAGCAUUAACAAAAAUUUAUGCAUUUGAAAUAGCGGCUGGGAGGAAAGUUGAUAUGCUACCUGAGUGUCUAUCUUUUAUUGAAGAACUAUUAGCAUCCCACUCCACUGAUUUGCAGCAACGUGCAUAUGAAUUGCAAGCUCUUAUUGGUUUGGAUGCACGAGCUGUUGAAACAAUAAUGCCCCAAGAUGCAAGUUGUGAAGAUAUUGAGGUUGAUAAGAAUCUUUCUUUCCUGUAUGAAUAUGUCCAGCAGUCUCUGGAAAGGGGUGCUCUGCCCUACAUUCCGGAGGAUGAGCGCAAUGGAAUGGUGAAUGUGAGCAACUUCAGAAGCCAGGAUCAACAUGAAUCUGCACAACAUGGUCUGAGAUUUGAGGCAUAUGAAGUUCCAAAGCCUCCAAUGCCGUCAAAACUUGCUCCAGUUUCACUUUCAUCCUCAACAGACCUUGUUCCAGUACCUGAGCCAUUGUAUUCUAGGGAGACUCACCCGAUCUCAUCAAUGGGAGCAUCAGAGACAGGAUCCUCAGGGCUUAAGCUGAAGCUUGAUGGUGUUCAGAAGAAAUGGGGUAGGCCAAUUUAUUCAUCCCCAGCAUCAUCUUCCUCAACUUCUACUUCCCAAAACUCAGUGAAUGGGGUGACUCAGAUGGAUGUUGCAACUGCUGUAAAUUCAAAAGGACGUGAUAAUUAUGAUAGAAGAAAGCAACGGAUUGAAAUUUCUCCUGAAAAGCAAAAACUUGCAGAUAAAUUGUUUGGUGGUUCAACUAAAACUGAGAAAAGAUCAUCAACUAGCAAUAAGGUUCCAAAGGCUAGUACUAGUGCUGCAGACAGAACUCAGGAAUCAAAAGCCGCAGCUGUACCCAGUGAAGUAGCUCGGGAGAAAACUAAUCAACAAUCUCCUCCUCCAGAUUUGCUUGACUUGGGAGAACCAACUGUCACUGUUGCACCUCCCUCUGUGGACCCAUUCAAGCAACUGGAAGGACUUCUUGACCCAAACCUUAGUUCUACAGCAAAUCGUAGUGGUGCUGCUGUUACGAAUGCACCAGAUAUCAUGGCACUCUAUGCAGAGACUCCUGAAAGUAGAGAGAGCGGCAGUGGUGACUAUUCUAUCCCUGUGAGGGGGGAUAAUGUGAAUCUUCUAUCAGAGUUUUCAAAUGCAGCUGCCAGAGGUACUACUGUAGAAACAACAGUGACGCCUUUGUCACAGUCUGUAAAGGGUCCAAAUGUUAAAGAUUCUUUGCAAAAGGAUGCAAAAGUCAGGAAGAUGGGUGUGACACCCUCAGGUCAGAACCCCAACUUGUUUAGUGACUUGCUUGGCUAGUCUGAUUGAAAGGACAAUUCUAAAUCAUGAUGUUUGAGGAUAGAUUACCUUGCAACUUACCACUCGUUGGAGUUUCAGAAACAGUUGGGUAUCAUCUGAUAUAUGCAAAAAUUGAAUAAUAUGAUUUGUGAUUAGGCAUGGAUGAUUUCAGCCACCCAGAAUUGGGUGAUUCAAUUAGCAGGAAUGUCUAAACCAGGUAAGGACUUGUUCUAGGUGCAGAAUAGCUUUUGUUGAAAUUGAAUGCAUGGGGAUUUCGUCCAUGCAUUCGAGUUUUGGUUCAGUCUAGAUUCUGAAGGAAAGGUACCGCUGUGCUCGGUCAUUGCAUUUUAUACUUUCAUUGGAAGUUCCAGGUCAUCCUUGUUAUAUACCAAAGCUGUACUAUUUUUUUUGUCACAAUUUUGUGCAUUUAGCCAUCUGUAGUGUCAAUUUAAUGGUUUUUUAAAUAUUGAGAAGCUUGAUAAUGCGGUCAAAAUCAGUUUGAGUAUGCCACUUGUAUACGUGAAGAAUGAGUUUUAAUUUGGAUUAUGUAAUUAUAUAUGGAUGGUCAUAAA